GCAAAACCACGCGUCUCCAGAAGAAGGAAAACAGAGGGAACGGCAGCGCAGGAGAAAAGUUGGCCCACACGACUCAGUCAGUGAUGUCAUGAAACAUGUGACCCUGCUUCUCCAGUGACACCGUUCUGAGGGAAAGAAAAAAGAUUUUUUAAAGGCUCGUGCCUCUUUUGGGUUUGUGUGAAGGCUCCGCUCACCUCCUGAGCAACCACAGAACCGCAGAAAAAAAAGGUUUUUGCAUGCGGAGCGUAAAUGGUUAAUUGUCACCGGGUUGUCAACUUCAGGUUCGAGGACCGCACCAACCAGCGUCAAGGGUCACCAGAAACCACGGCGAGGCCAAGUUUGGGAGCGAAAGUGGCGACCAUGGCGUCCAACAGCCUGUUUAGUUCUGUGACCCCAUGUCAGCAGAACUUCUUCUGGGAUCCCAGCGCCGGCCGGAGGUUCAGUCCGCCGGUGUCGGUGAAGAUGAACGAUGUGAACCCGAGCGCAGGAGCGCAGCAGCAGCAGGACGGCGCGGUGGUGCCCAGACUCCGCGCGCAAGAGAACCGCUCCAUGGCCGAGAUCAUCGCCGAUCACCCGGCCGAACUGGUGCGCACAGACAGUCCCAACUUUCUCUGCUCGGUUUUGCCUUCUCAUUGGAGGUGUAAUAAAACCCUACCGGUCGCGUUUAAGGUGGUGGCCCUGGGUGAGGUUCCCGACGGGACUGUGGUCACAGUGAUGGCCGGAAAUGAUGAGAAUUAUUCAGCGGAGCUCAGGAAUGCCUCAGGGGUUAUGAAGAACCAGGUGGCCCGCUUCAAUGACCUGCGCUUUGUGGGACGAAGCGGAAGAGGGAAGAGCUUCACCCUGACGAUUACAGUAUUCACAAACCCACCGCAAGUGGCCACUUACCACAGAGCCAUUAAGGUCACGGUGGACGGACCGCGCGAGCCCAGGAGACACAGGCCGAAGUUGGAUGACUCUCCGAAGGCCGGACUGUUCUCUGACCGUCUCAGUGAACUGGAGCGCAUCCGUCAGACCACCAUGAGGGUCACUGUGCCAACACAAACACCCAGACCCUCACUCAGCAGCCCCAACUCCUACACGCCGCAGGGCCAAACGCAGAUUACAGAUCCACGGCAGGCUCAAUCUUCCCCACCAUGGUCAUACGACCAGACCUACCCAUCGUACCUGAGUCCCAUGGCCUCCCCGUCAGUUCACUCCACCACUCCACUGUCGUCCAGCCGGGCCACGGGUCUGCCCUCCAUCAGCGAUGUGCCCAGACGUCUUCCAGGUUCGACAGAUUUGAGUCCUUUCCCUGGCCAGUUUGAGCGCCAGUUCCCUGCCUUCUCCUCACUCACUGAGAGCCGCUUUUCCAGUCCCAGAAUGCACUACCCGGCCACCUUCACCUACACGCCAACCCCGGUCACCACAGGCAUGUCAUUGGGCAGCGCUCAUUACCACACAUACCUACCGCCGCCGUACCCUGGAUCCACCCAGAGCCAAAGCGGACCCUUCCAGAGCAGCAGCACCCCGUAUCUCUAUUAUGGUGCAUCUUCCGGUUCCUACCAGUUCUCCAUGGUUCCUGGAGGAGAGCGAUCGCCCACCCGCAUGAUGCCCCCCUGCACCAGCGCAUCCACAGGGACCAGCCUGGUCAAUCCCAACCUCCCGGUCCAGGCUGAUGGAGGUGGAGGAGUGGAGGGAGAUGGAAGUCAUAGCAAUUCCCCGACUCUGCUUAAUCCUGCUGGAAGAAUGGAUGAAGGCGUUUGGAGGCCGUAUUGAUUGGACAGUAGACCUUUUUUCAAUCUGUACUCUUCCACUUGCUAUGGUGGAUUGUUGUUGGACGUUGGUCGUCCCGCUGUUGAAACACAAAAUAUACCAUUUCGCAAAUCUUUCAAAGGACAAAUAUAUUGGAGAAAGUUGUUCAAAUUAGAUGCUGGAACAAGAAAAAAAUAGAAAACAUCUCGCUCAACACAAUAAUAGAAACCAUCAUACGAUUUAUAUUGAUUUUAACAGCUCGAAAUGUAAAUUAGAUUGGUUUUAAUGGAAACUAAAAUGGUCAUAAGACUCUACUGGUAGUUUUUUGCCUUCUGUUUGUGGCAAAACACAUAAAGCUGAUUUUGCCGUGACAUUGCGGAAAUAGAAACUCUUACUUCAAUACAAAAUGUGCGUGCCGCCGUCGGUUACAACAAAAACUGCUUUUGAGUUUUUGGUGAAAGAUUCCUUUUAUCGUGUGUGUUGUUAGUUUAUGAUACCUCUCAUGAUGUUUGGAGACACCCCAGAC